AUGUCGACUAAGAAUAAUUUGCCAUCAGUAACAACUAAAGCUGAGUCCCGUUCCACCUCCAAUGGGAUGGGGAAUGGAUUAUUCGCAGUGCAGGACAUCAAAGUCGGAGAGGAUGUCUUGCAUGCCAAAGUGCCAUAUAUAAUUGUGCUGGAUUCUUCCAGACUUGGGGACACUUGUGCUGGUUGCUUUGGGAAGAGGCAGCUUGACACUGGUGCAGCUGAGCUAAGAUCAUGUACAAGAUGUCGAGUUGUGAAAUACUGUGAUCGGAUGUGUCAAUCUAGGGAUUGGAAACUUGGCCAUGGGAUAGAAUGCCCCAUAUACGAGAAGCUACAGCCUAUGGUUCUACCAAACAUUGCUCGAGCUCUUCUACGAAUGAUCGCUCGUAUUGGUCGCGAAAAAUAUGACACCCCAGAAUUUCAGAUGUUCUUCAAGCUCUUCUCUAAUCUAGAGACACAUAUGGCCGAAGUGUCGCAAAGUCAGGCCCAUACGAGCCGGAUUACCUACACUGCAAAUGCAGUCAAGGAGUACUCGGGGUCAAACUUGACCACAGAAGAGAUCGAAGCUCACACUGCCCGGCUGGAUCUCAACUCCUUCAACCUGACAACAUCUGUUUACGACCGCAUCGGACUUUACUUGCAUCCAUAUGUCGCACUAUGCAAUCAUAGUUGCGACUACAAUGCCACAGUCGGAUUUGAUGGCAAAGAACUCUAUAUGAAAGCCAUUAAACCUAUCAAGAAGGAUGAACAAAUCUUCAUUUCAUACAUCGAUACCACAACACCCCGUGAAGUUCGACGUAAAGAGCUAUCAGAGCGCUUCUUCUUCGACUGUCAAUGCGCAAAAUGCGAAAGAGGCACCGAUACACUAGAAGAUCGCUUCAACAAUCCCCCAGAAGACAUUUCCAUUCUCGAAACAGCCGAGCGCGAAGCUCUAGAACUUAUGCAGUCUGCAUCCGCAUCUAGCACAAGGCCAGAAGAGACAAUCCGGUCACUGCAGUCAGCUAUUCACAUUCUCCGCAAAACAUCCGCCUGGCCCAUCACGCGCCAGCCCUACGCCUCACUACGAGACCAACUCAUCGUCUCGCUGCUUUCAACGGGGAAUUUCAGUACGGCGUUUAUCCACGCCGCGAUCCGGUACCUGCGCAUUGAUCCGGUCAUUUACAGCCCUGCUCAUCCAAUUCGACACGUUCACGCCUGGGUCCUGGCGAAACUGGGUAUUUACCUUUCCCAAGACCAGACUGAGAUCAAGGAUCCUCAAUUGCGUGAGGUUGGGCUGAAUUUCCAUUACAUCAUCUGGUAUGUCCUUGCCGAUCUGGCUAGUAGACAGUUGGAGAGUUGUACAGUGCCGAGCUUUAAGAAGCUUGUUGGGUCAAAUUUCGCUCAGGUACACAAGGAGUUUACGUCCAUGGGCAUUGAUCCUAGUACACAGAAGGCUGUGAUGAGUGGUGAGUGGAAAAAGCUUGAGAAGCUUGUCCAUCUGGCUCUGGAGAAAGAAUAG